AUGAAUGUGAAUGUUAAGCCAUUUCAUCGGGGAAGUUAUCUUGUAGAUUUCAUAUGUGAUCAAUUAAAAAUUAAGGAGAAAGACUACUUCGGUUUACGAUAUGUGGAUGUAUCUAAACAAAGGCACUGGUUGGACCUAGGAAAAUCUGUAAUAAAACAAUGCAAAGAUGUGGAUCCAAUACUAUUCUCCUUCCGGGUGAAGUUUUACCCUGCAGAUCCAUUUCGAUUAACUGGCAAUGGCAGAAUAAUGCUGUAUCAGCAAUUAAAAAGAGAUUUACGUCAUGGCCGGCUUUAUUGUUCUAUUGGGGAAGCAGCAGCAUUGGGGUCUCUCAUUGUUCAAGAGGAGAUUGGAGACUUUAACGAAGACAUUCAUAUUGAUAAUUAUGUAUCAUCAAUGAAUUUAGCUUUACGCCAAACAGAAACGCUUGAGAAGAAAAUUAUGGAACUACACAAAAAACGACAACCUUAUCAAGAUCCUAGUGUUGCGAUAGAUGAAUUCAUGGGCAUUGCUAGAGGUCUUGAAACAUACGGAAUAGAUCCCCACCCAGUAAAAGAUCAUCGAGGUUCCCAGUUAUAUAUUGGAAUUAAUUACUCCGGAAUUAGUACUUUUAUUUCUGGCAAACGGUCACAGCAUUUUCGUUGGAAUGAAGUUCAUAAAAUCAAUUUUGAAGGCAAAAUGUUCAUUGCUCAUCUUAGUUAUACAGAUGCAAGUAGGGAACCAAAAAAACAUACAAUUGGAUUUAAAUGUUCGUCUAAUGUCACAUGUAGAUAUCUAUGGAGAUGCGCUAUUGAACAAAUGUUAUUUUUUACGUAAGUGGAAAUACUCUUU